AUGGACGAGCGGCUGCUGGGGCCGCCCCCUCCAGGCGGGGGCCGGGGGGGCCUGGGAUUGGUGGGUGGGGAGCCUGGGGGCCCUGGCGAGCCUCCCGGCGGCGGAGACCCCGGUGGGGGUAACGGGGGGGUCCCGGGAGGCCGAGGGAAGCAAGACAUCGGGGACAUUCUGCAGCAGAUAAUGACCAUCACCGACCAGAGCCUGGAUGAGGCCCAGGCCAAGAAACACGCCCUUAACUGCCACCGCAUGAAGCCUGCUCUCUUUAGUGUCCUGUGCGAAAUCAAGGAGAAAACCGGCCUCAGCAUUCGAAGCUCCCAAGAGGAGGAGCCGGUGGACCCACAGCUGAUGCGCCUGGACAACAUGCUUCUGGCAGAGGGUGUGGCUGGGCCUGAGAAAGGGGGGGGCUCUGCUGCAGCAGCUGCAGCCGCCGCAGCCUCGGGGGGCGGCGUGUCCCCUGACAACUCCAUCGAACACUCCGACUAUCGUAGCAAACUUGCCCAAAUCCGCCACAUCUACCACUCGGAGCUGGAGAAGUAUGAGCAGGCAUGUAACGAGUUCACGACACACGUCAUGAACCUGCUGAGGGAACAGAGCCGCACGAGGCCUGUGGCUCCCAAGGAGAUGGAGCGCAUGGUGAGCAUUAUCCACCGAAAGUUCAGCGCCAUCCAGAUGCAGCUCAAGCAGAGCACCUGUGAGGCUGUCAUGAUCCUGCGUUCCCGCUUCUUGGAUGCCAGACGCAAACGCCGCAACUUCAGCAAACAGGCCACUGAGGUCCUCAACGAGUACUUCUACUCCCACCUGAGUAACCCGUAUCCUAGUGAGGAGGCUAAGGAGGAGCUUGCCAAGAAGUGUGGGAUCACGGUCUCUCAGGUCUCCAACUGGUUUGGCAACAAGCGGAUCCGCUAUAAGAAAAAUAUUGGAAAGUUCCAAGAGGAGGCCAACAUCUAUGCCGUCAAGACUGCCGUGUCAGUCACCCAGGGGGGCCACAGCCGCACCAGCUCCCCGACACCCCCUUCCUCUGCAGGAUCUGGAGACAUGUUUCUGGGGAUGCCCGGUGUCUUUUACAUCCUCUACCUCAAGGUGUGUACACUGGAGCAGGGCGAAGCUGUGUCUGGCAGCGGGGACAGAGGCUGA